CCGCCGCGCUCCCGCCCUCCUGCCAGCUCCCGGGCUCCUGCUGCGGCUGCGGCGGCGGUGCCGGCCGAGCCCCCGCGGCGCUGCGGCUCCGGUCCGGCGUGGCCCGCGCCCCGCAGCUUUGCGGCUCGCCGCUUCCUCUUCCCCGCGCGGGCGCGCUGCGGCAGGUGGCCCCAGGCACCCGGUGGCGCGUUGGCCGGAGCCCCGCGGCCAUCGAUGACCCCGCUCAGGGAACCUGCUCCAGCCCGGCCACCCCGAGUCUGACUGCAUUGCCCUGGAUUUGAUAUUAAAUCAUGGGGAGGAAGCUUGACCUGUCCGGUCUGACCGAUGAUGAAACUGAACAUGUUCUGCAGGUGGUUCAGCGAGACUUCAAUCUGCGGAAAAAAGAGGAGGAACGGCUGAGUGAGAUGAAGCAGAAGCUGGAUGAGGAAGGCAGCAAGUGCAGCAUCUUAUCGAAGCACCAGAAGUUCGUGGAGCACUGCUGCAUGCGCUGCUGCUCGCCCUUCACCUUCCUUGUCAACACCAAACGCCGCUGCGGGGACUGUAAGUUCAACGUCUGCAAGAGCUGCUGCUCCUACCAGAAGCAGGAGAAGAUCUGGAUCUGCUGUGUCUGCCAGCAAACAAGGCUGCUGAGAACCCAGUCUCUGGAAUGGUUCUACAAUAAUGUGAAGAGCCGUUUCAAGCGCUUUGGCAGUGCCAAAGUCCUGAAGAACCUGUAUAGGAAGCACCGACUGGAGAGCGGAGCCUGCUUGGACAGUCUAGGAGGAAGCUUCCUUGAUGCAAAUCUGGAGAAUGAAGGAAGUAUUUCUGGCAGUGAUUCAACAUUUUAUAGGCACUCAGAAGGACAUAGCAUGAUGGACACUUUGGCUGUCGCCUUGCGGGUGGCAGAAGAGGCCAUCGAGGAGGCCAUUUCCAAAGCAGAAGCCUGUGGGGACAGCCUGGACAAGCAGAACGAGGCCAGUUACCUGCGGGACCACAAGGAGGAGCUCACUGAGGAGCUGGCCACAACCAUCCUGCAAAAGAUCAUCAGAAAACAGAAGAGCAAGAGUGAGCAGCUGGCCGGUGAGGAGCCCGAGUGGUCAGAAGCCCCGAGCUGCAGCGCCCAGGGGGCAGCCGAGGGGAGCUCCACCGCUGUGGGAGGCCACCAUGCAUCCACCUCCCUCUGGCAAUCCCAGCCCCUCUUCUCUUUCCCGGGAGAAGAGGCCCAGCAGGCCUGGUCACUGGAAGGUGCAUGCCUGCCCCCGCGGGAGGACAGGGCCAGGGGCAGCUGGAUGAGCAUCGACCGGCUGGACGACACAGGGCCCUCCCCGCUGCUGCAGAGUCCUGAUGGGAACUGGGUGGCCCUCCGGAACGCCCCUCCGGCCUCCAGCCGCCUCCUGGCCAAGCCUAAGAGCGCUGCGCUCCAGGCCCUGGAAGCAGCAUCAGGCACUGCGUCCGCCUACGACGAGAUGGGCUCCGACAGCGAGGAGGACUUUGACUGGAGCGAGGCCUUGAGCACGCUGUGCCCGCAGCCCUCGGGCCUGCGCAGAAGCCCCCGGCCCCAGCCCUCGCAGAUCCCAGGCUUGGACCAAGGCCCCCCAGCUGCCUCCGCCGUCGCCGCCGCCACCGCCUCACCCGGGCUCUGCUCCAACCUGGAGGCGACGUGCUCUGACUCGGAGACCUCGUCGGCGGGCUCCUCCAGGGAUACAGGGGGCAGGGCCAGCCUGUCCUGGGCACCUAAGAAACCCCCCAGGAGCCCCGCGGUCCAGAAGAUGCGACUCCAGGCGGAGCUGGAUGUGAACUUCAACCCCCAGGCGGCCAGCAGGGAGACCUCGGACAGCAGCGAGCCUGAGGAGGCCCCCAACGCAGCUGACCGCAGGGCCAGGAGGUGGAGGAGGGCCCGAGGGGGCUCUGAGGAGCUGAGCAAGGAACUCUCGGCCCCCAACGCCCAGGACCAGGAGCUGAGAUCACAUCAGAUGCCGGCUGACUUAUCAGAGACGGACAUCAGCAAUGCAACUCUGCACCCUUGCCCAGACGCCCCAGAAGCGCAAGGGAGAAACAGGCUGUACGAGUUAGCCAUGAAAAUGAGUGAGAAGGAGACGUCUUCGGGGGAGGAGCAGGAGUCAGAGCCCAAGACGGAAUCAGAGACGCAGAAGGAAAGUCUGUCGUCGGAAGACAACUGCCAGGGCGUCCAGGAGCAGCUGAAAAAGGAGAAAAGAGAAGCUUUAGCUGUCCACUUAGAGCUCCAGCUCUUAUCCACAGUGCUUGAACAGAAGUAUUCUGCUGUUUCUCUCUGCAACAUCUCCACAGAAGUCCUGAAAGUCAUCAACGCCACUGAGGAGUUGAUAGCAGAGUCUGCGGGGCCCUGGGAGUGCCCAGCCGUCCCUCCUGAGAGAGAGAAGGGGACAUUUCCUCUUGGGACUGACCAAGUGAGACUUGAUAAGCAGCUGACCUCCUUGGAAGAGAACGUGUACCUGGCCGCAGGCACCGUGUAUGGUCUGGAAGGUCAGCUGAGUGAGCUGGAGGCCGCUGCCCGCUGCAUCCACAGCACCACUGAUGAGACUGAGCUGGCACAUCUGGAGGAUCAGGUGGCCACAGCAGCAGCCCAGGUCCACCAUGCUGAGCUCCAGAUUUCUGACAUUGAAAGCCGGAUAUCAGCCCUGACCAUUGCAGGAUUGAACAUAGCACCAUGCGGACGCCUCACGAGAAGACGAGAUCAGAAGCAAAGGAACCAGGUACAAACCAUAGACACAUCACGGCAGCAGAGAAGAAAACUGCCUGCCCCACCAGUGAAAGCUGAGAACAGCGAGGCCUCUUCACUGAACAUUAAAACAUUCAACCGCAACUUCAUUCUCCAAGGCUCCUCAACAAACAGAACUCAAGAAAGGAAAACCACCUCGGAUUUGAUGGAUCCCUCCCAGGAGUCGGCUGUGAUGUAUUAGUGCCAUGGAACUCCAUUGCCAGUGACCCACUGCCUCCAGCCGUACACGACAGUGCCUUGACCCAACAGCCAUCGAAUAGUGCAUGGAUUUCCACCUAAGGAGAGGGCCUGGGGAGGCCACAGUGCACCGUUGCACAGGGCUGUCCUGAUACCUCACCCAGAAAGCAGUCCAGACUCCAGCAUUGUGGUCUGACCCACUCUCUGCCUCGGGCUCCCGGGGGAACCAAGACAGAAAACGCAGACGCUGCCUUCCCACUGAAGAGCUCCAUGUUCAAAAGAUGCAUUUCCCCAUCCCCUAUCCUACCACAUGUGGUCUUGAGGAACUUUUUUUUUUUUAGUCCCUUUGAUUCAACUAGAAUUAAUUGUCAAAGUUUGUCCAAAAGAAAACUGUUGAGUGAGUGCAUGGUAGACAGAAGGGAGAUGGGUAUAACCAUAGCAUUUAUCUUCAGUUCUUGUGAACCUCUCAUGAGCAUCUUUGUUUCACAGAUGGGGUGGUGAGCUAGAAGUGAUUGCCAUCCCUAUAGUGAGCUACCUACGACUGCCUAGUUUGGGGGUGUGCUCAGCCACUGGGGAUGCUGAUCUCCCUUCAGCCACCUCCUUUCUGCUAAGCACCAUACCACCAGUCAUCCUAAACACCAUUGCUUUGCCUUCACAGCCCAGCCAACCCAUGCCCAGCUCUAUCGGAAACAAUGUCUCGUUGAGAAUUUAGGAUUCUUCCUUGGACUAACAAUUUCCCUCUCCAGAGGGAAGUGGGGCUUGAGAAAGCCCACCCCCGGUUUCACUCUAGGGCACUGUCCAAACUCCAGAUAAAAUAGUUUAACAAUGACCACAUCAAAAUGAGUCUUAGGUAACCGGCUAUUGCAGACUAUAACCACAGGAGAAAAUGUCCUCCUUCAAAACUUAUUUGCUAAUAAAUAUUCAGUGAACAUAGUAUAAUGAUCUGAAAUGUAAAAACAAUUAAGGGAUAAUCUUUUUUAAAAAAUCGUUAAAAAUCUUACAGGUAUUUUUUUUAAGGCAAGACAAACUGAAAUCAGUGGACACCAGAACUGAUACUAACUCUCACAUGUGGGCUAAUCUGACUCUCAUUUGUGGGCUCAAAUGCAUGACUAUUUAGAGUGUGUUUAUAAGAAGCAAAUGGAAUGGAAACUUCACCCAGUUGAGCCAUAGCAAUCUUUUUAUACUUGUUCCUAAUACAUUCUGAAUCAGAGGAAGGAAGCAAGCGGUGGGAGGUGAGGGGGAAGUAUGACUGAGGUUUAUUAGGUGAGCACUCAACCGGAGGCAAACCUCUUCUCAAUUUAAUCUGUUGCUUUGGCAACUCUGUUCAGUUGAGGUAGUCCCCAUUACUGAGAUUUGGAAACUGAGGGCCUGAGAGAUUCAUUUACCAAAGCUGGGCCUGUCAGCCACGCAUAACUGGAAGGUUUCUCAAAUGCCUUGCUCUGUUGUUCUCAGCUUCUACUUCCUUUGCUGCUCUGCACAUUUCCAGGCCUAAUCCACUGCUGGGAUGUGUUUGAUGGUGUAUUCCCGAUGGGGGUCUGUCUAUCUUCCACUAAUGCUCCUUGCUGACGCUGUGUAUGUGUUCUCCAACAGAAAUGAUUUCUUUGAAAUCAACUUUGGCUUUUUUGUUCCGUUGGUGUGGUUCCAAGCAAACCAAUACAAAUUGUUUAAAACACAACAAAACCUGAGUUCCAAACAGAAUGUUUUUCUUUAAGAGGCAUGAAAAGCAACUAUUGUUGUGUUAUGGUGUUAAAAUAUUCAAUUUUCUUCAACAACGACAACAAAAGUGUGUACUGUGUAAGCCUUGCAAAAAAAAAAAGAAAAAAAAUGAAAAAACAAAAGCAGUAGCCUGCUCUCUGGCAUUUGAAUUUUUAUAAAGGUCUCCUUGUGCCAAAUAAGUGUAAAGAUUUAAUUUACUAUUAAAAACCAUAAGCAUAUGUUAGAGUUCCAGAACAAUUAUUUUGUCACCAGGUGAUUUUGAUCUUCAGUGUCAAUAUUUAUAUUUAGAUUAAUUUUUAUAAAUGAAAAUAUUUUAAUGGUUUGAGAAAACGAGAGUAAGAGAACCCUAUCUUGGAUGGCUUCUGAAAGUUGUGCUUGCCUUCCUGUUCUAUGCGCAUUGCCAAAAUACUGUCAAGAGAAAUGAUAAAGAAGUAAAAGUCAUUUAUGAAAAUAA